GGGGUGAUGGCCUGGGUUGUCGCUGCCGCGGCUGCCGUCUCCUCAGCAGCAGGAACUGAAGUCCUCGCCGCCGUCGCCCGGGUCGCCGCCGCCGCCGCCGCCUGGGUCGCCGGUCGCCCGCGCGCUGGCCCGGCCGGGGCCCGCAGCCAUGGAGGACUUCAUCGUGAUCUCGGACGACAGCGGCUCCGAGAGCUCGGAGGGCACCCGCUCGGGCCGGGCGCGGAGGCUCCGCCGGGCCCUGUCCCGGACCCCGGGCGCGCUGCCCCGCCGGACCGUGGACUUCAUUGAUUUAACCAGAGAAACCAGACCAAGGCCAAAGGAUCGCAAUGCAAUCUGUGUGAUUGACCUGACAAGAGCUGAGGAAGAAAGCAGACCUAUUGCCACUCUUGACUUGACUCUAGAACCCGUUGCUCCUUCCCAGAAGGAGUCAACCAAUCUUCAAACAUGUGCCAGCCUCUCCAGCAAAGAGGCGAUGGAAGGGCGGGUAGGCAGAAGCUCUUGGCCUGCAGCACGGAGAAUCAUUAACAGCGACCCUGUGGAUUUGGACCUUUUGGAGGAAGCCACAUUUGAAGGCUCCCAACCCCCUGCAUCCAUCAGUGGGGACUCUGUUUAUCCCGCACAGCCGAACUGUAGCUCAACUGCAUUCAAAGAUGACUUUAGCUUCUUGGCAGGCCUUGAGCUGUCUUCAGAUGUUCACUCCCUCUCUCCAAUAAGCAAUAAUGGUCACAGCAGCAAUCACAGGGUGCCCUUGCCUUGCCCACAGCAAGAUGUACCUUGCCAACCACAAGCCUUGCCAUGCCCACUGCAAGCCUUGCCAUGUCCACCACGAGCCUCCUCCUGCCCACCACGAGCCUUGUCGUGCCCAUCACAACCUGUGCCGUGCCAACUACAAGCUUUGCCUAACCUGCCUCAAGAAAUGCCAUGCCCUCAGAAUAUGUCAUGCCCUCAGCAAAAUAUGACAAGCCCACCUCAGGACUCAUGGCAUCCUCAACAUUUACCAUGCCCACCUCAGGACUCAUGGCAUCCUCAACACUUACCAUGCCCAUCUCAGGACUCAUGGCAUCCUCAACAUUUACCAUGCCCACCUCAGGACUCAUCAUGGCAUCCUCAACACUCACCAAGCCGACCUCAAAAUACAUCAUGGCAUCCUCAACACUCACCAAGCCGACCUCAAAACACAUCAUGGCAUCCUCAACACUCACCAAGCCCAUCUCAAGACUCACUCUGCCCGUCUCAAGACUCUCUGGGCCUACCUCAACGUGUACCUGGCCCACCUCAAAACAUAUCCUAUCCACAAGAUGUGGCACACCUGCAAGACAUGCCACAGUUACUGGGAGACAAGCCACAGCCACCAGAUAUGCCACAGUCAUCAGGAGACAUGUCACAGUCAUUGCGAGAUGCUCCACGGUCACCAAGAGAUGCACCACAGACACCAAGCUAUGCACCGCAAUCACCAAGAGAUAUACUGCAGUCACCAAGAGGUGUGCCACAGUCACCAAGAGAUGCACCAAGGUCACCAAGAGAUACACUGCGAUCACCAAGAGAUACACCACAGUCACCAAGAAGUACACCACGGUCACCAAGAGAUAUACUGCGGUCACCAAGAGAUGCACCGAAGACACCAAGCUAUGCACCGCAAUCACCAAGAGAUGCACCACAGAUACCAAGAGAUGCACCGCGGUCACCAAGAGGUGUGCCACAGUCACCUAGAGAUGUGCCACCAUCACCAAGAGCUGCACCCCAGUCACCAACAGGUGUGCCACAGUCAACUGGAGAAGUCUCACAUUUACCAGAUGUGCUGCGUUCACCUGGAGACAUGCCACACUUGCCAGGAAGCAGGCCUAACUCUCCCCCAAAUGAUGUACAGAACCAUGACACUCCUAUGGAUGUCUCAGCUCCGUCUUCUCCAAGCUGCUCUCUCAGCCCACAGUCUCCACAGUCUAAAACUUCCUUAGAGAAAAUUCCCUGGCUCUCUGUCCCAGAAACUCCAGCCAGAAAGGAGAUAGCAAUGUCAGAGCCUGCCAACCCCGGGUCUGCCCACAUACAAGCACGAACACCACCAGGCGUGUUGUACCACAGACCCUGCCUGCAUAGACUGAAGUACUUCUUACGACCUCCGGUUCAUCACCUCUUCUUCCAGACACUAAUACCCGAUAAAGACGUAAGAGAGAACAAGGGUCAAAAAUUAGAACCCAUCCCCCAUCGAAGACUAAGAAUGGUAACAAACACCAUUGAAGAAAAUUUUCCCCUGGGGACGGUGCAGUUUUUGAUGGACUUCGUGUCACCCCAGCAUUACCCACCCAGAGAAAUUGUGGCUCACAUCAUCCAGAAAAUCCUGCUCAGUGGCUCUGAGUCCGUGGACGUCCUUAAGGAGGCCUACAUGCUUCUCAUGAAAAUUCAACAGCUCCAUCCAGCUAACGCCAAGACCGUGGAGUGGGACUGGAAGCUGCUCACGUACGUCAUGGAGGAAGAGGGACAACAUCUGCCUGGGCGAGUCCUUUUCCUGCGCUAUGUGGUCCAGACCCUGGAGGAUGACUUCCAGCAUACCCUGCGGAAGCAGCGCCAGCACCUGCAGCAGUCCAUUGCCAACAUGGUGCUGUCCUGUGACAAGCAGCCCCACAACGUCCGAGAUGUGAUCAAGUGGUUGGUUAAAGCGGUGACGGAAGGUGGAUUAACUCAGCCCCCAAAUGGGAGUCAUACCUGUUCGGGAACAGGCACCAUGAAGGCCAGCAGUAGCCACACUUCUCCCCAGCCUCCUCUGACGAAGAACACCACUCAGGUGAUUGUGUGCCAACUGCAGAGGAUGCUGUCCAUAGCCGUGGAGGUGGACAGGACCCCCACCUGCAGCUCGAAUAAAAUUGCCGAGAUGAUGUUUGGGUUUGUGCUGGACAUUCCGGAAAGGAGUCAGAGAGAGAUGUUCUUUACCACCAUGGAAAGCCACCUUCUGCGCUGCAAAGUGUUGGAGAUCAUAUUCCUGCACAGCUGCGAGACGCCCACCCGCCUGCCCCUGUCUCUGGCCCAGGCCCUCUACUUCCUGAACCAUUCCACGUCGCUGCUCAAGUGUCAGUCGGACAAAACCCAGUGGCAGACGUGGGAUGAGCUGGUCGAGCACCUGCAGUUUCUGUUAUCCAGCUAUCAACAUGUUCUCAGAGAGCAUUUACGGAGUUCGGUGAUCGAUCGAAAAGACUUAAUAAUCAAAAGGAUUAAGCCCAAGCCCCAGCAAGGCGAUGACAUCACAGUGGUGGACGUGGAGAAGCAGAUCGAGGCCUUCCACAGCCGCCUGGUCCAGAUGCUGGGAGAGCCCCUGGCCCCCCAGCUCCGAGACAAAGUGCACUUGUUGAAGCUCCUGCUCUUCUAUGCUGCGGACCUGAACCCCGACGCAGAGCCCUCCCCCACCCUGGAGCAGCCCCUGAGGCCCUGCUAUGCACUGAGCACCAAGAAUACCUCCUGAACUGUAUCGCCAACUACUUGCAAGUUCUGAAAGUAUGGAAAGUAGUUCCAAGUCUUACAGGACCAAACCCAUCUUAUUUAUCUGUAGGCUAUAAUGACUUUCUAACUCUUUAGUAAUACCUUUUUAAAAUAAUCCUAUCAUAGCCUAUUCUCAAAUAUGGCUUAAAUAUACAAGGUGUAUAUAUUUUUUGAUAAAUUAUUUAUCUAUACUUUUUGAAACAGGUAAUACUAUAUGCACUUACAUGUUUAAUAUUUCCAUUCAGGAUGUGAAAAAAAUCCCUCUGAACAAAUCCUAGACAUCAAAUGUUACUCAAGGUACUGAUGAUCCGUUUCGAAAGAGACACAUUCAUUUCUCCCCAAUGGAACACAAACAUCAAUAUUAGACCUGUUAUAUUGCCUAUGAAUUUGAUUUUGUGGCAAGUCUAUUAAGAUCUAAUGUAACGGGGGAAGGAUGGAAGGUUAGAAAUAAGAGGAUGAGUGUUAUAAAAACGUUAAAAGGAUACAAUAAAAAGGCAAUGGUUUUUCAAAAUACCAAGUUUACCUGCUUACCAUGGCUAUGAGUAAGCAGAAUGCAGUAACGACUCUUAACAGGACAAAAACAACAGCUAUGCACAUUUGAGAAAGUAGUAAGGAAUUUUAUUGUCAAAACAAGUAGGACACGAGCUUAACAGAAGACACAAAUAAAUUAAUUGUUCUCAUCCUUUGAGAUGCAGGCCUCUCUGGGGAAGGCUCAGCCCAGCUCCCUAUGUAGACACGACCCCUCCGAAGCAAGAACAGCAGAGUCUGAGACAGUUCAGGACAAGGACUGCCCACGGCCGCGGUGGAGGGUGAGCAGGUGCUUUCCCUGGCUCCUGUCCCCAGCAGCUCACACAGGUCUGAGGCCCGUUUGGGGGCAACGGUUGCAUGUAGAACCUUUUUCCAUCCUUCCAUGUGGCUCUUAGAAAAAGUUUCAGGUCCUGGUGACACUUGUUUCACAUGAAUGUCUGGACUAGAAUCUACAUAUAGUUACCACCAUCUUUAUUUUAAAAACCUUAACAUCCA